AAAAAAACCACCCCACUUCAUUUUCUCAUUUCCGCAUCCCACAUAAAAACUCCCCAAGAAACCUAUUCUCUCCCCCAGACGAUUUGCCCACCCGCGCCAUCUUCCCGUCGAACUGCUUCAGCGCCGCCCGAGCCACUCCAUCGCCGCCCCUCUCCAUCGAAGUUCACCGAUACUUCCACCCUCCCGUCCGGUGUCUGCAAGAAAUCCAGAAGUCCAGAAGUCAUACCGUCACCACUUCAGUCUUAAUUGGAAAUGGUUAGCACUUCAUUGACGGAAUUGGCUCAAAGCAACAAGUCUUGAACAAAAAAAUUGAUGACAACGUGCAGUGGGGGGAGAUCGCCAUCUGGUCAAAACGAAUUGGUCUUCAUUUGAUACGGUUUUGACACCCCUAAACGUGGGGAAUUCGCAUCGGGUGUUGCUUCAAAUUGACCUUCGUGCAAAAAUGGUGAGAGUAUAUGACUCCAUGAGAAGUGGAAGGACUGUUGCAUCCAUAAAGGACUCGUGGGAACGCCUCCCCCACCUCCUACGUAUUAUUACGUGGAGAACAGAAGAUGACCUCGCAGGCGACCUUUUUCCUUUGGAAGUUGUUGUCGUUGAUGGUGUCCCCCAACAGCGGGGAGGGGGGUGUGGAAUGAUGGUGCUCAGUUUUGCGGAGCACCUCAUGUUGGAGCUCCCCUUCAUACUCGGUUGCGAGUACGAGAACAUGGCGAAGAAGAGGUGUGAAUUCGCCAAUCGGCUUUGGAACUUGAAGAAUGAUGUAGAAUGAAGUAUUAUGUCGAAGGGUGUAGUUUUUUUGUAUAUGUAAUUAAUAUAAAUACAUUGGUGCUUACCUUUUUUGCAUACACUGGUGCUUACAUGUAGUAUUUUGUACAACAAUGGUGGUGCCAUAUUGUACAAUAUUGUUGCAAUGUGCUUCCAAUUAUAUUUUUGUCCGUGGCGAAGCUACAACAUAGUCUGUAUAUUUUUGUAUUGUCUGUAUACAACGACGAUUACCCUUUCAUAUGAAGAAUGUAUGUGGAACAAGUGUAUUUUUGGCAAAGCAAUGAAUGGUAUACAACAAUAUUUAAGAC